UCGCCUGGAGCUCGGGCAGCGCGGGCAGGGGCUGGGUGGGCCCGCUGCGCGCGGGCUGCUAAAGGAAAAGCUUCGCCCGGGGUCCAUGCGCUAGGCUCCCGGCCCACCCGGGCGCGCGGCGGCGCAGAGGGACCCCGCGCGUGUCCGUGCGUCUGCCCCGCGCGGCGCGCCCAUGGGCAGCCCCUGGAACAGCAGCGACGGCGCGCGAGGCGCGCGGGAGCCGUCAUGGGCCGAGCUGCUGCCGUGCGACGAGCGCCGCUGCUUGCCCUUCCCGCUGAGGGCGCCGGUGCCGGUGACCGCCGCGUGCCUGGGCCUGUUCGCCGUCGGGGUGAGCGGCAACGUGGUGACGGUGCUGCUGAUCGGGCGCUACCGGGACAUGCGGACCACCACCAACUUGUACCUGGGCAGCAUGGCCGUGUCCGACCUGCUCGUCCUGCUCGGGCUCCCCUUCGACCUGUACCGCCGCUGGCGCUCGCGGCCCUGGGUGUUCGGGCAGCUGCUCUGCCGCCUGUCGCUCAACGCGGGCGAGGGCUGCACCUACGCCACGCUGCUGCACAUGACGGCGCUCUGUGUCGAGCGCUGCUCCGCCAUCUGUCGCCCGCUCCGUGCCCGCGUCCUCGUCACCCGGCGCCGCGUCCGCGCGCUCAUCGCCGCGCUCUGGGCGGUGGCGCUGCUCUCCGCCGCGUCCUUCUUAUUUCUGGUGGGCGUCGAGCAGGAUCCCGGCGUGGACGCGGUCCCGGACCGUAACGGCACCGCGCUCGCCCGCUCGCCCCGCGCCUCGCCGUCCCCGCCGCCCCUGGGGUCCUCGCGGGCGCCCCCGCUGUCCCCGCCGUCGGGGCCCGAGGCAGCGGCGGCCGCGGCGCUGUUCAGCCGCGAGUGCCGUCCAAGCCCGGCGCGGCUGGGCGCGCUGUGCGACCUGCUGUGGGUCACCACCACCUACUUCUUCCUGCGCUUCUUGUGCCUCAGCCUCCUCUGCGGGCUCACCGGGCGGGAGCUGUGGAGGAGCCCGGGGCCGCUGCGAGGCCCGACCGCCUCGGGGCGGGAGAAGGGCCACCGGCAGACGCUCCACAUCCUGAUGGUGGUGGUUCUGGCGUUUAUAAUUUGCUGGUUGCCUUUCCACGUUGGCAGAAUCAUUUACAUAAAUUCGGAAGAUUCCCGGAUGAUGUAUUUCUCUCAGUACUUUAACGUCGUUGCUCUGCAACUUUUGAGUGCGUCUAUCAACCCGAUCCUCUACAACCUCAUUUCAGAGAACUAUAGAGCAGCGGCCUGGAAACUGCUGCUGCCCAGACAAUCCAGACAGAGAGAUUUCUGCAGAAGCAGGGACCCUGAAGGGGACAUGGGUGCAGACACGGCUGGCUGCACGGAGACCAGCGCUAACGUAGACCUCAGCAAGCCUCACGGCCAAGCAAGUCGCCUCGACCCACGGUUCUGGGACUUCAGAGAAAAGAGGUCUGUAGGGACAAAGGACUGAAAGUGGGGAACUGAUGCUGUUAACGAGAGCUGGAAAGAGUGGUUGAUAUUUUGCAAGGUGGUCAGCAACUUUGUCAUAGCAUGAUUUUUUUUUAAAUCAAAGUGUGAAAUAUAACUGUACCAACCUUUCUAGUUUUCCUUUCUUGUACCUUCUCAGGGACGUUCAUUUUAGCCUCGUGAAAUCCCACAUCACAAAAUGUGCUCUGGGAAGGUUUUGUAAGUAUUCAUCCUCCUAGUCUUUGGAAAUACGAUUGCUAGCUUUACAGUUAGUAAGUGAUACAGAGAGAUGCUGUUGUAAACUUGUCCCCUCUGAGGUCAGGGGUGUAUUUUGGUUUCAUGUUUUGGAUAACUGUAAUGGUGGUUAUAAACCAAUGUUACUGCAAUAAACAAAAAAUAAAAAAA